CGGACGUUAUUCCUGACCAGGACGGGCGUGCACGCGCGCGGAUGGGAGGGGCGCGCAGACUCUGGGGUCCCACAUCAUCCUAUUCUCCCCCCUCCUCCUCUUCCUCCCUCCUCCUCCUCCUCCUCCUCCUCAUCCGACUCCACGUUCCCCUCGACCCGGCCGUUCCCACGCGCGCGCGUGUUGGUUUAUUUCCCGAUUUGGAGCAGAUUUGGAGCAGAUUUGGAGCAGAUUUCCCGGGAAAAACCGGACGCCAAAAGCGCGUUUGGAGGCAAAGAGAGGCCGAUUGCGUGGUGUGGCUGCGUGGGCGAGCAGGCUCGCGAGGAGGUCAGACUGCGGGACGCGAUGAGCGCAAAGGACGCGGAUCCCAUUGCGCCAGGAAAGCGACACAGACCAGGUCCAGACGGAGGCCUCCUUCGUGGUGGUGGUUGCCAUCGACUUCGGCACCACCUCCAGCGGCGCUGGGAGGGCGGAGACCCCGGCGUGUCCAAUCAGAAGACUCCGACCACCAUCCUGUUGACCCCAGACAGGAAGUUCCACAGCUUCGGUUACGCGGCGCGGGAUUUCUACCACGACUUGGACCCCAGCGAGUCCAAACAGUGGCUCUACCUGGAGAAGUUCAAAAUGAAGCUGCACACCACCGCAAAUCUGUCCAUCGACACCGACCUCCACGCGGCCAAUGGGAAACGAGUGAAGGCUCUGGACAUCUUCGCAUACGCACUGGCCUUCUUUAAGGAGCAAGCGUUAAAGGAGCUGAGUGAUCAGACUGGUGGGGAUUUUGAAAACAGUGAUGUGAGAUGGGUGAUCACAGUUCCCGCCAUCUGGAAGAUGCCUGCCAAGCAGUUCAUGAGGGAAGCUGCCUACAAGUCUGGUCUGGUGUCCCGCGAAAAUCCCGAGCAGCUAAUCAUCGCCUUGGAGCCCGAGGCGGCGUCCAUUUACUGCCGAAAGCUGCGCCUCCACCAGAUGGUGGACCUGGGAACGCAGACCAACCAGAACGGCUUCAGCCCCACCGACAAUGUGGGAAGUGGAAUGACCCAAGCUAAGGAGCAUGUCCGUCGCAACCGACAGAGCCGCACCUUUUUGGUGGAAAAUGUCAUAGGGGAGCUUUGGUCGGAGCUGGAAGAAGGUGACCGCUACGUGGUCGUGGACUGUGGUGGACCCUACGGCUCCAUCGGGAUCGAUUACGAAUUCGAGAAGCUACUGUGCAAGAUCUUCGGCCAGGAUUUUAUCGAUCAGUUCAAGAUAAAGAGGCCGGCUGCCUGGGUGGACCUGAUGAUCGCGUUCGAGUCUCGGAAGAGGGCGGCGGCUCCGGACAGAACCAACCCCCUCAAUAUAAACCUGCCCUUCUCCUUCAUCGACUACUACAAGAAGUUCAGGGGCCACAGCGUGGAGCACGCCCUGCGCAAAAGCAAUGUGGACUUUGUUAAAUGGUCAUCUCAGGGGAUGCUGAGGAUGAAUCCCGAUGCCAUGAAUUCCCUCUUUAAGCCAACUAUUGACCACAUCAUCCAGCAUCUGACCGAUCUCUUCGAGAAGCCCGAGGUCAGCGACAUCAAGUUCCUGUUCCUGGUGGGGGGCUUCGCGGAGUCGUCCCUUUUGCAGCAGGCCGUGCAGGACAUGCUGCGCGGCCGCAGCCGCAUCAUCAUCCCCCACGACGUGGGCCUGACCAUCCUGAAGGGCGCCGUGCUGUUCGGGCUGGACCCCGGCGUCAUCAAGGUGCGGCGCUCGCCGCUGACCUACGGCGUGGGCGUGCUCAACCGCUUCGUGGAGGGGAAGCACCCGCCGGAGAAGCUGCUGGUGAAGGACGGAACCCGCUGGUGCACCGACGUCUUCGACACCUUCAUCGCCGCCGACCAGUCGGUGGCCCUGGGCGAGCUGGUCAAGCGCAGCUACACGCCGGCGCGGCCCUCCCAGCAGGUCAUCGUCAUCCACGUGUACUGCGCCGAGCGCGAGGGCGUGGGCUUCAUCAGCGAGCCCGGCGUGCGGAAGUGCGGCACGCUGCGAUUGGACGUUAGCGGCACGGCCAGCGCCGCGCCGCGCCGAGAGAUCCAGACGCUCAUGCAGUUCGGAGACACCGAGAUACGAGCCAUGGCCGUGGACAUAAAAUCCCCACAGCCAAACACAACAUGCAGCCCGUUUCAGAGGCCAGACUCGAUCUGGACUCACCAGAUGUCCUUCGUUAAAAAGGCCCCCGACGAUCAGAGAAACGCACAGUCUGCUUCCAGGCUUUCUGAAAAACCAGGCCAGUGA